AGAUGGGGAGCAUUCUGAAACCUGGCGGUCCUGCCCGCCCAAAAAAUCAAACGCUGUAAAUUUGUUGAGUGCAGCUACAAACUAUUGUUGUGAAGUAUUAGUUGGUGCCAUCUUGGUGUAGUUGGGUUAGUGGAGUGUGGGUGUAUCUGGAAGUGUACACGGUCGGUGAAUCAUUAGUGAGCGGUGCUCCUCGCUGCUGAAUACCUGUUGGGGCCGUACUCUAUUUUUAUCUGUGGAUGGUGAGGUAGGGAAGGCGUGGUGGCGAGAUGUCGUCGGCCCUGUCGACCCGCGAGGACGCUCUGCGCCAGUUUGAGACUGGUCGCAUCCAGCACUUGCGGGAGGAGCGCCUCGGUAUACAGAAGAAAACCUUCACAAAAUGGAUGAACUCCUUCCUCGUCAAGGCGCGGCUGGAGGUGAUGGACCUGUUUACGGACCUGGCGGACGGGAAGAUGCUGCUCAAGCUGCUGGAGAUAAUCUCUGGGGAGAAGCUUGGCAAACCCAACAACGGCAAGAUGCGCGUCCACAAAAUAGAGAAUGUUAACAAGUCUCUGGCCUUCCUCCACACUAAGGUACGACUGGAGAGUAUCGGCGCCGAGGACAUUGUGGACGGCAACCCGCGCCUCAUCCUCGGUCUCAUCUGGACCAUCAUCCUCCGCUUCCAGAUCCAGGAGAUCGAGAUUGACGUGGAUGAAGAGAAUGAGAGCAGUGAGAAGAAGUCUGCCAAAGAUGCCUUACUGUUGUGGUGUCAAAGGAAGACUGCUGGCUACAGGGGGGUCAGCAUUGAAGAUUUUUCUCGAUCCUGGCGGGAUGGCUUGGGUUUCAACGCUCUUAUUCAUGCCCAUCGGCCAGACAUCAUUGACUACAAUUCCCUGAUCCCAAAGAAUCACAUCAAUAAUCUCAAUAAUGCCUUUGAUGUGGCCCAUAAUGAGUUGGGCAUUGCCAAGAUUCUUGAUGCUGAAGAUGUGGACACAAACAAACCUGACGAGAAGUCUAUCAUCACCUAUGUUGCCUCAUACUACCACACCUUUGCUCGCAUGAAGAACGAGUUGAAGGGCUCAAAGAGAAUUGCUAAUAUAAUGAACCAGAUGAAGGAUGUAGAUGACUGCAAAGUUAAAUAUGAGAAAAUCACCACGACUCUGCUGGAGUGGAUCAUCAUGAAGGUAGUGGAACUUGAUAGUCGAAAGUUUCCCAACUCUCUAGACGGAAUCCAGAAACUACUCAUCCAUUUCAAAAAAUACAGAACCGAGGAGAAACCACCCAAAUAUAAAGAGAGAAGUGAAAUAGAAGCACUGUUCUUCUCAAUUAAUGCAAGCCUUAAGGCUCUGAACCAGCCAGCAUACAUCCCAAAGGAGGGCCAGUUGGUUCACGACAUAGAACGAGAAUGGAACAACCUAGAAAAAGCUGAACAUCGGCGGGAAGUGGCACUCAGGGAUGAGUUGCUCAGACAGGAGAGACUUGAACAGCUUGCAUAUAAAUUUGACAAAAAGAGUGUUCUUCGUAAGGGCUACCUCGAGGAAAUGAUUCAAGUUUUGAGUGAUCCAAGAUAUGGUAGUAACUUGGCACAAGUGGAAGCUACAGUCAAAAAACAUGAAGCCAUCAGCGCUGACAUCCUAGCUCGGCAAGAGAGAUUUGAAGAUUUAACCAAAAUGGCGGAUGAGUUGGAUGCUGAAAACUACCAUGGUAAGGAAGCUAUUCGCAAGAAGGAAAAAGACAUAUUAAGGAAAUGGAGUGAACUUCUAGAUCUUCUCAAUAAACAUAAGGUUCAUCUGCAGAACUGCUGUAUACUUGUUGGUAUCAUGAGAGAGGUGGAUACCAUCACUGCUUCAAUCAAGGAGCUGGAAGUUAAUUUUUGUUCUGGCGAUGUUGGACGACACUUACUAGCAGUGGAGGAUCUACUUCAAAAGCAUUCAUUAAUGGAGUCACAAGUUCAUUCAAUGGGUGAGACAAUCAAACGUCUGAACAAGCAAGGUGAAGCUUGUAUGACCUCAGUACACAAGGAUGCACCACUACUCCAGAAGAGACUACAAGAACUCAAUCAGGGACAACAAGCACUUUUAAAGAAAGCUGCAGAGCGACGCUUGAAGCUGGAGGAGGCUAGAGAUCUCUUUCAGUUUGAGGUGGAUAUGGAAGAGGAGGAAGCUUGGGUCAUUGAGAAGCAGAGGAUAUGCCAGGCAGGAGUCACUGCAAAGGAUAUUAGAGCAGUCAUCUCCCUCCAGCAGAAACAUAAGGCUUUGGAAGAUGAGAUGCGUGCCCGUCGCCCAAAGUCAGAGAAAGUUAUGAGAUCUGGAGAAGCCUUGUUCAAAGCUGGACACCCUGAUGCUAAGGCUAUCGGCGAGCGUAUUUCUGCCCUAAAAGAAAAAUGGGGCCGUUUAGAUCAAUAUGCCAGUGAUCGGCGAAAACAGUUGGAAGAUGCGGCUGAAGCUUGCUUGUUUAAUGCUGAUGCCAAUGAAGCAGAGUCUUGGAUCAAGGAAAAGCUACCUCUGUGCCAGUCAAAGGACUAUGGUGAGGAUGAACCAAGUGGCUUAGCCCUCCUGCAGCUUCAUGCUCGACUGGAAGGAGAAAUCAAGGCCUAUGAGGGAGACAUAAUGGCAGUUAAUAACCAGGGACAAAAACUCAUCAAAUCAGGAAUAUCUGCCCUAAAUUUAACAUCACAGCAACAGAGUGUAUCAGAAGAGGAGGAAUAUGAGUGGGUGGAUGAAGUGAAAAUGGUCCCACAGGAGGUAAUGGUCGAGGAGACUAUGGAAAAAGUCGAAGAGGUCAGUGUAACUGAACAACGAGAAUAUCCUACUGUCAUAGCCAGAUACCCAUUCCAGGGUCAGGGCAUGCAGAUGGGGAAGGGGGAGACAAUGUUCCUGCUCAGCAAAACCAACAAUGAUUGGUGGAAUGUUCGUAAAGCUAAUGGAGAUGAAGGUUUUGUUCCGGCCAAUUAUGUUAGGGAAAGUGAACCAAAGAAAAUUAAUGUUCGUGUGAAGAAGGAAGUUAAGGUUCCAGAAAAACGAAUGGUGCCAAAGACCAGGAUGGUGAAGAAAACCGAGACAGUCAAGAGGAGGAAGCCCAAGGCACCUCCUCGAAAUAAACGAGGAUUUGACGAACCAGAGACCGUUGAAAAACGUUUGCAGGCCAUUAAUUCAUCCUAUGGUGACUUGCGUGAGCUUGCCCAGAAGCGCCACUUGUACUUGGAAGAAUCCAUUACGCUCUUCUCCUUCCUGAGCGAGUGCCACGGUUUUGAAACUUGGAUGAGAGAAAAAGAGAAACUUCUGAAAAAGGAUGAGAAGGAUGACGAUGUCGAAACAGCAAAGCAAAAGUUUGAAAAAUUCCUCACAGACUUGUCAGCAGCAAGUAGGAGGAUUGAGGUUAUUGAUAAAAUGGUUAAGGACUUUGAGGCCACGGGUCACAGUCAACUGGAAAAAAUCAAAGUACGACAAAAACAAAUUCAUGACCAGUGGGCUCACAUUAAUCGCCUGAAGCAACAAAAAGAACGUAGCUUGGAGGGAGCAUCUAGCGUGGAAUUGUUCCAUCGCACUUGUGAUGAAACGAGGGACUGGAUGGUGGAGAAGAUGGAAAAGUUGGAUACGGAUGAACUGGGCAGAGAUUUAAAAACUGUUCAGUCUCUCCAACGUAAACAUGAUCAGCUAGAGAGAGAAUUGGCGCCAGUGGAGGAGAAGGUACGGCGUGUUAACCUGCUUGCUGAUUCGGUAAAAGCUUCGUAUCCACGUGAGAAACAUGCUGUAGAGGAGAGGCAAGAAGAAGUACAGCAGUAUUGGGGGCAGUUGAAGGGUAAAGCUGUAGAAAGGCGAAACCGUCUUGAGGAAGCUGUUGGCCAGCAAAUUUUCCUCAACUCUGCUAAGAGUCUUCUAAACUGGGUUGGUGAUGUCAAAAAUGCUCUGAAUUCUGACGAGCCUGCUCGUGAUGUCACCACCGCAGAGCAUCUCCUCAAGAGUCACCAAGAUCUUGGAGAUGAUAUCAGGGCUCACCAGGAUGAAUUCAGUGAGCUCAGUCAGUUAGGAGAAAAACUUGUCAAGAGGAAUCCAGACUUUAGUGAAGUGCAAGAAAAGAUGGCACUAUUAGGAGAAGAACAGCGAGCUAUACAUCGUGGCUGGCAGGAGAAAGGGGACUGGUUGAGACAGUGUAUGGACCUGCAACUCUUUAACAGAGAAGCUGACCAAAUAGAUGCAGCGACAAGUUCUCAUGAAACUUUCCUUGACUAUAAGGACCUUGGGUGCACCCUGGAUGAUGUGGAAGCCCUGAUGAAACGUCAUGAUGAUUUUGAGAAUACAUUGAUGGCACAGGAUGAAAGACUAAGAACAUUCAGUGAAAUGGCGGAUAAGCUGAUUGCUGCCGAGCAUUAUGAUGCUAAGUAUAUUAAUGAACGUAGAGAUCAGGUACGUGAUCGACGAGCGGCUGUUAAGAUGCGAGCUCAAGCUAGACGAGAACAUCUUAAUGGCUCCACGGCUUAUCAGCAGUUUAAAGCAGAUGCAGAUGAUUUUGAAAAAUGGAUGGCAGAUAAAAAGAAGUUGGCAGAUGAUGAAUCUUACAGAGAUCUCAGUAAUCUGGAGAGGAAAAUGCAAAAACAUGAAGCCUUUGAAAGGGAACUUCAUGCUAAUGAAGGCCAGUUACGGCGUCUCAACAAGACCGGUCAAGAUUUAAUAAGCAUGAAACAUUAUCAAUCUGACGAUAUUAAAAAGACUGUAGAUGACCUAAAUAAGAAGUGGAAAGAUCUUUGCUUAAAGACAGAGGAUAAAGGGAUGAAGCUUCAUCAAGCCAACAACCAGCAUGUGUAUAAUAAAAAUUUGGAAGAGACUGAGAAGAACUUAGAUGCCCUUGAAUCUGCUCUAAAGAACAAGGAUGUUGGGUCGGACCUUCGUUCUUGUAAGGACCUCACGAAUAAACAGCAGAAUGUAGAGAAUGAUAUGCAUACCAUGGAAAGAAAGAUCAGUGAAAUGUGUGCUGCUGGUGACCAAAUGGUACAAGAAAAUCACUUUGAUGCUGACAAUAUCAAAGCAUCAUGCUUGUCUGCAAAGAAUAGAUUUAAAAAACUGAAGGAUCCUGCAGCCCGGCGUCGUGCUGCCCUUGAAGAGUCAAUGAGGUGGCAUGAAUUCAACUUCGAACUUGAUGCUGAAAUGCAAUGGAUCAAGGAACACAUGGCAUUGGCUACAUCCAAAGUGUUGGGACAGAAUCUUCAUGAAGCCCAGACCCUGAACAAGAAACAUGUCAAACUGAAAGCUGAGAUUCAGGGGCAUCAGCCUCAAAUCACAAAGACUCUGGCAAAGGGAAAGAAACUGCUGGAAGAUAGACACCCAGAAAAGGCAAUGAUUGAGAGUCGUUGUGCAGAACUACAGGGGGCAUGGGAUGAUUUGAUUGCAGAAGCUGAUGAGCGCAACAGGAAAUUGGAACUUAAUCACAAGGCCCAGCAGUACUUCUUUGAGGUUACUGAGAUUGAGGCAUGGAUGAGCGAGAAGAGGAAUAUUUUGCAAACCAAAGAUUAUGGCAAAGAUGAAGAUGUGGCUCGAAAACUCCUAGCUAAGCAUAAGGCUUUGGAGUUGGAAAUCGACACAUACAGUGGUAUUGUGAAGGAGAUGGGCACAAUGGCAGAAUCGAUGAUCAAAUCUAGUCACCCAGAAUCUAAAUUGAUCAGGGACAGACAACAGGUGCUGAAUCAGGAAUUAAAAGAGCUGCAGAAAUUAUCGGCACACCUUCGGCAAAAGUUGAUGGAGUCGAUGUACCGCCAUGAGUACUUCCGUGAGGCCGAGGACUUAGAGAAGUGGAUCACUGAACAAAUGCAAACUGCAACCUCUGAGGACUUUGGGCAGGAUUAUGAGCAUUUGUUGCUCCUUCAGGCUAAAUUCGAUGACUUCAAGCAUCGUGUGGAGGCUGGAUCUGAGCGUUUCAAUCAAUGUGAUGAACUAGCAAAGAAACUUAUUGCCAAUGAAAGCCCCUAUGCCUCUGAAAUUGAAAGGAAGCAAGAACAGUUAAGGUCUUGGUUGAUGAUUCAGCAAGACUUCAAGCUGCCUACCCAGGCAGUAAUGCUGAACACAUAGCAGAACAACAAACCCUUGUAAUUGACAAUUGGAACAUGCUUCAAGAAAGGGCCUCGAGAAGAAAAGAUGAACUUCAUGCAGCAGCAGAUCUUCAGAGAUUCUUGGCAGAUUCUCGUGACUUGAUCAGUUGGUCAAGUGAUUUGAGAACAACCAUGAAGACUGAGGAGAAAGUUCGAGAUGCUGCUAGUGCCCAGGGUCUGAAGACAGAGCAUGAACGUAUUAAGGCUGAAAUUGAAGCUCGUGAGGACGAGUUCAGUAAGGUGGUCGAGGCUGGUGGCAAUAUGGUAGAAGAACAGCACUAUGCGAGUGGUGAAGUAGAGGAGAGAGUCAAUAAGGUUCUUGAAGAACGAAACCAACUACAUGCAGCCUGGCAACAAAAGAAGGUCUAUCUUGAUCAGUUGAUUGACCUGCAGUUCUUCCUAAGAGAUGCCAAACAGCUGGACACCAUCAGCAGUACUCAGGAGGCCACUCUUUCAUCUGCUGAUUUUGGAACAACCAUUGAACAAGUUGAUGCUCAGGUAAAGAAGCAUGAUGCAUUUGAGAAAUUGGUAUAUGCUCAAGACGAAAAGUUAGAAACAUUGAAAAACCACGGAUCAAAACUCAUUGAACAAAGUCAUUUUGACUCUCCACACAUUAAGAAGCGUAUUGAUGAGGUAGUAAGGAGAAGGGCCCGAGUCAAGGAGAGUACAAAGGCUCGUAAAUGCCAACUAGAAGAUGCACAUCUGCACGCACAAUUUAUUAGAGAUGUUAGUGAUGCAAACAUGUGGAUUGAUGAAAAGGCCAACCACUUAGAGGCAGAACGUCUCAAAGGAGAAGUAACGAGCUUUGAAGAUAAAGUAAGAAAGCUGCAGAAACAUCAGGCAUUCAUGGCUGAGCUUCAGGCUCAUGAGUGUAGCAUCAAGGAGAUUACAGAAAAAGGUGCACUGUUGGUAAAUCAACGGCACAAAUCCUCGGCACAAGUUAAAGAUGAGGUUGAUCAUUUGGUUGAACGUUGGACACAGCUUGUGCUAGAUGCUGAGAAUCACUCCCGUGGUCUUGAAGAAGCUCAGGACAUUCUUGAGUUCAAUACUCAAGUAGAGAAAGUGGAUGCUUGGAUUAGAGACAAAGAAAUGAUGGUGCAAGUAGGAGAUCUUGGGAAGGACUAUGAGCACUGUAUGGCUUUGCAUCGUAAACUGGAUGAUGUUGAUUCCGACAUGCGUGUAGAUGAUGCUCGCUUUACAAAUAUCAACAAACUGGCAGACAAAAUCAUCAAACAGGGAUGUAGUGACAGUAGGACUGUUCAACAAAGGAAGACCGACUUAAAUCACAAGUGGCAAGCCCUCAAAGGAGCUAUUGACAGGUACCGUUCAGACUUAGCUGGAGCCCUGGAAAUUCAUGCUUUUAACAGGGAUGUAGAUGACACUAAGGACCGCAUUAGUGAGAAAGCAGUUAUUCUAGCGAAUGAAGACACGGGUAAGGACCUCACUCAGGUAGAAGCCUUGCAGCGGAAGCAAGAAACAAUACUUCGUGACAUGUCGGCCAUUGAAAAGAAAAUAAAAGAACAUGAAAAGGAUGCUUAUAAUCUUGCCAGGAAAUACCCAGAUAAGAAGGAGCUAAUCCACAAGAAACAGACUGAGGUACUGCAAGCAUGGUCCAGUCUUAUUGAAGGGUCAUAUGGGAGGAAGGAGAAAUUGACUUUGUCGUAUACAUUACACAAGUUCCACACUGAAUUAAGAGAACUAGAAAGAUGGGGAGAAGAUAUUGUGAGUCGUAUGAAUGCAUCACCAUUGCCGAGCAACACCGCUGAAGCUGAAAUGCUGUUACAGAGUCACCAAGAAAGAAAGGCUGAAAUUGAUGGCCGUAAAGAAGUUUUCAAGGCUUUGCAGCAGUUUGGAAAGAAACUUAUUGCUGAUGACCAUUUUGCAAAAGAGACUAUCAAAGAAAACCUUCAGACAUUAUUAGAAGUAGAGAACAAGGUUAUUGUCUUCUGGACAGAACGGCAAACUGUGUUAUCACAAGCUCAUCAGCUACAGGUCUUCCUUGAAAUGACAGAACAAGCAAACUCAUGGCUGGCCAGUAAAGAAGCCUUUCUCAAUAAUGAUGACCUUGGGGAUUCCAUGGCAUCUGUUGAAGUUCUUAUCAAGAAGCAUGAGAGCUUUGAUAAAACAUUUGAAGCUCAGGGAAAUAAGAUUGAGCAGUUGGAAACCUUUGCAAAGGAGCUACUCAAGAAUGAUCACUAUGACAGUGUAGGGAUUCUUCGUCGUCUCAAAGUGGUUACAGACAAGAGAGAUAAUCUGAAAGAGAAAUCAAGGGCACGAUGGCAGAAGCUUGAAGAGUCGAAGUCUUUACAGCAGUUUCUUAGAAACAUCUAUGAGGUGGAGGGUUGGAUAUCAGAGAAAUUACAAGUUGCAUGUGAUGAAAGUUACAGAGACCCAACUAAUCUACAGUCCAAGAUCCAGAAGCAUGGAGCAUUUGAAGCUGAGGUGCUAGCUAAUUCAGGAAGAGUCACAGCUGUGACUCAUGAAGGUGAAGGAAUUAUUGCGAGUAGUCAUUAUGCAGAGCAAGAGAUUCAGGCUCGCCUAGAUGGUCUUGAUUCUCUAUGGAAGCAGUUGCAAGAUUCAUCUCAACUGAAGAAGGAUAGACUAAAUGAAGCAUACCAGGCUUUGCUCUUCAGUCGUACACUUGAUGACCUUGAAUCCUGGAUGGAUGAUGUAGAGACCCAGUUGCAGUCUGAAGAUCAUGGCCGUGACCUAACAUCUGUCCAAAGUCUUCUAAAGAAGCAUCAACAACUAGAGGCCGAUGUUGCAGCGCACCAAAGUGAAGUGGACCAGGCAAGAGAAGUGGCUCAGUCCUUCGCUUCAGCUAACCACUUCAUGAGUGAAGACAUUACAGAAAGAGUAGAGACUGUUACUAAAAGGCACAAUUCCUUGCAUGAGCCAAUGCACAUCCGGCAUGAGAAUUUAGAGGAUGCCAUGUUGCUGCAGCAGCUUUUGAGAGAUAUUGAGGAUGAACUGCUGUGGGUAGCAGAAAAGGAACCAUUGGCAGCCAGUCAGGACCUUGGUUCUUCUCUUACAGCUGUACAAAACCUGCAAAAGAAACACCAGGCAUUGGAAGCAGAAAUCCAUUCACAUGAACCAGUCAUUAAUAGUGUAAAUAGCAGAUCACAACAGAUGAUUAGGUCAGGCCACUUUGCAUCAGCAGAGAUAGAAACAAAGAUCACUCGGCUUUUGUCACAACUAACACAACUGAAGGAUACAGCCAGUAUAAGACGACUCAGACUCCUUGAUGCUGUCGAGUCACAAAUGUUCUAUACUGAAGCCAGUGAAGCAGAGGGGUGGAUGCGAGAGAAGAAACCACUGCUCCUCUCACAAGACUUUGGGAAAGAUGAGACAUCUGUUGGGGCACUGUCUAAGAAGUUGGAUAAUGUUGCACGAGACUUAGAGAGUUUCAAAUCCACUUUAGAAAAACUGUCUGUCUUGUGCACUAAGCUUACAGAGAGAAGGCACUUUGACAGUGAUAACAUCACCAAGAAGAUGGAUAAUGUGACACAACAGUAUGCUGAACUGAAAGUUCUUCGGGAAAAACGAGCAAAGAGAUUAGAAGAGAGUCACAAGUUAUUUGCAUUUCUUCGGGAAAGUGAUGAAGUGGGUGAAUGGCUAAAUGAGCAAAUGGCCAUAGCAGCAAGUGAAGAUUAUGGCAGAGAUGUAGAACACGUGGAAAUCUUGAUCCAGAAGUUUGAGUCCUUCCUCGGUGCUCUGGCUGUGAAUGAAGACAAACUAACUAAUGCCAAAGGGAAGUCUAUAGUCCUCUUGGAUGAUGGACAUCCUGAGCCAGAGCGAAUCAAAGAAAAAGUCGAUGAACUCCAGCAAUUAUGGGAUGACUUGAAAGAGUUGGCAAAUGCAAGACAGGAGGCACUUGCUGGAGCCAAACAGGUCCACGUGUUUGACCGUAACGCUGACGAGACAAUAAGCUGGAUUGCUGAGAAAGAUGCAUUUAUUUCAUCUGAAGAUUAUGGCCAUGACAUAGAGACCAUCCAAAGUUUAGCUAGAAAACAUCAAGGCUUUGAAAGAGACCUGGCAGCAGUAAAGGAGCAGGUGGAAUCUGUAGUUGAAGAAGCCAAGCGCUUAGCUGAACUUUUCCCAGAUGCAAGAGAACACAUUUCUGUCAAACAUGAGGAGACAGUUGAAGCAUGGAAUGAUCUUCUUGACAAAUCUGCACAAAGGAAGGAUAAACUAUAUCAGGCAGAGAAGCUACAGUCAUACUUCGAUGACUACCGAGAACUUAUGGCUUGGCUGAAUGAAAUUUUGGCAAAAAUCACUGCGCCCGAGUUACCUAAAGAUGUCUCUGGUGCUGAAGCAGUUAUAUCAAGACACAAAGAAUACAAGACCGAGAUUGAUGCCCGUGCAGAUUCCUUUGACAAUUUUAGUGCAGCUGGUAAUGCACUAAUUGAUCAAGGUCACUUCAUGGCAGAGGAAAUAGCUGAGAAGAUAGCAACACUGGAGGCUCGCAGGAAAUUGCUCAUUGAAUCUUGGCAAGCAAGAGCUACCAUAUAUAAUCAUAAUCAUGAUUUAAGAGUGUUUUUACGAGACACGCAGGUCUUUGAAGCGUGGAUAGAAUCACGUGAAACUAUAGUGAAGGACGACAAGAUGGGUGAUUCUAUAAAUGAAGUUGAAGAAUUAAUCCGUCGCCAUGAUGACUUCUUGAAGACCAUUGAUGCCCAGGAAGAUAAGCUAGACCCUAUUAAGAGAUUUACUUUGAUUGAAGCAGAAUUCCGGGCACAAAAGAAGCGUGAAGAGGAUGCCAGAAAAGCAGAAGUAACUAGAAAAGAGCAAGAACGCAUGGAGAAUAUGAAGCGAAAAGAGGUUCAACGAAUCACAGAUGAACGACGUCGUGAAGAUGAAAGGCGCCGAACUCAGGAGAUAAAGUUUACUAAGGAAGACAUGGAACGAGUGCGUCUGUCAAUGAAUGGCGAGUAUGCCAAAUCACCUGCCUCAGCCAGAGAACAGGAGACUCCAUCUAGUUCCAGCUCUGAGGCAGCUGAGACAUCGAGCACUCCUGAGGUUCACCCAAGGUACCGGAAGCGUUCAAGCUCUCUGGGAGAGGUUCUGAUAAGGAAAACUCUGGAAGUACCUGAUGGUGGUGGUGGCCUUUACAGAUCUGGGUCACAGACAAGUCUGAGCAGCCUUAAGAGAGGUAACAGCUUACGACAGGAAAUGUUCAGAUCACACCCUUCCUAUAACAGAGGUGCUGAUAUCAAGCGAGCUGAAAGUAUGAAAGUUGAUCUCAAGAAAGCCAAACGUACUCCAAGCUUCACCACCCGGCGGAGAACACAAAGUUUCCGCAAACACAAGCGCAUGGAAAAUAUGGCUAACCUUCCACCAGUGGAGAUCCAAGGUUAUCUAGAGCGGAAACAGGAAUUGCAGAGUGGUGGCAAGAAGGCAACCAUCAGAUCGUGGAAAAUAUUUUACACAGUAUUGUGUGGCCAGUUGUUGUGCUUCUUCAAGGAUGAUGAAGAUUUUUACGAUCAGAAGGCUGCCUCACCCCCCAUAUCCAUCCACCAAGCAAAGAUUGAGAUAGCAGAUGAUUAUACAAAGAAGAAGCAUGUCUUCAGAGUGAUCACCCGAGACAAUGCAGAGUACCUCUUUGUCGCAGAAUCUGGAGAAAAUCUUGAGGAAUGGGUUACCAAAUUGGGAUUCCAUGCCCAGCUGCCACCCUCAAUGCAGCUUAUGUCAUAUGACAAUCAUAAGGAAGGGGAGGUGGGCAGCGACAUGGUGGCAGUUCCUUCCCGUGACUCAGACAACUCAUCGGGUCACUCUACUCCUGAAGUUGGUCACCGCAGUGCUGUCAGCUCCCACCCACAGGGGGCAGGAGGUGGUUUAGACCCCACCAGGCCACACUCUCAGGCCCUUGACAAUCCUCUGUAUGCCAACCUGGAGCAUAUGCAAGACAAAACCAAACCACCAGUACCACCCCGGGGAAGUACAGGCAGCAACCGAUCUUCACGUUCUUCUUUAGGAGAAGAAGGACCAAUUUACCAGAACCGCAUCUCUGUUGUACCUUCCUAUGAGGUAACACCUUCAGAGAAUACCUACCAGAAUUAUCCUCCAGACAGACCAAAUGGCCAUCGACGCGAUGCAUCAGAAAAUAUGAAUGGAGACGACUUACCCCCACUGCCUAGAUCAGCUCCACCACUGGUCAUGGCCCGGCCUCCUGUACCACCCAGUCGGGCCAGGUAUGGUGAGCAGUCGUGGGUGAGUGGGCCACACCAGGCCAGCAUGUCUCACCACGGUGGUGUACCUCACUACGGGCAGCAGAUUGGUCACAUGGUUAGCCACCACCACCAGGUAGCCCAGCACCAUACAGGUCAAGGGGCUCACUUCUCCCAGGUGUCACGUGUUUCUCAUCACCAGUAUGCGUACACCUCACAGGGUUCCACACACCAUCCAGAUGCAACAGAUGGUGUACCAGGUAGUCGACAGCCAUAUUCAGAGUAUUCUUCCCGCACCAUGUCUCUGCCCCAGGGUAGUAGUCUCCCUCCCUCUGGUACUUCAGUCACUGUCACCACUGGUAGUGGACCUAUACCCUCCCACCGUUAUUCUGCAACUAUUGACCGGCAAGGUCUAAGUGAAAGCUCCUCGGAGGGAGAUGUACCUGUGUCUUCUAACAAGAAGGAGAAAGAAAAAAAGGGCUCCGUUUUUAAAUUCUUUGGGCGAAGAAAGGGCGCCCAAGUUUAGUUUUAUAACUACCAAAUAUUGUUAUAAAGGAAGUUGUCAUAUAGUUAAUAUUAUAAAUAUUGUGCCACUUACGAAUAUACAUUUGAAAGAUAAGCUGUAAUUUUUGGCUUUCUGUAAAAUUUCUUAUAUAUAUAUAUAAAAAAAAAAAAAGUGAAGGAAAAUGCCUGUUUAAGAUGUUAAAUAUAUGUUGCCCAAAGAUGUACCUGAAUGGCUGACCAUAUGCCAUUGUCAGUACUUCAUCAUAACAUCUUGUGUAAUGGUGCUUUUUUAGUUUUUUUUGGUCCCUAAAAGGCACAUUAUUCAAGUUGAUUAUGCAGAAGCAAACAGGCUGUGUUGCAGGGUUUAUUUCUUAUUUGUGAUUAUUGACAUGCUGCUUUAUAUUUCCCUACAUAAAUGAAGGUUGCUUUUACAGGUUCACAAAAUAAUGUGGAUAUAAGCUUUCUUAUAACUAAAAUGGAAAUUAGUGUCUUAUUUGAGUGCCUAUAAUCAUUGGCUUCCCUUAUACAAGAUUAGGCAAAACCACUUGUUCAGAUUUAAUUUUAAGAAUAUGGAUUCUCUUAUAUUGCUGUCAAAAUAAUUAAUGUGAAAUCUUUGUUUUCUGACACAUUUAUCUAUAUUUUGUAAAUACUUAUAUAAAUAUUGUUAAAAUCAAAUUAUUUUGUCGAGUGAAGGAAGGAAGUAUGUAUGAGGAAAUGGUAUUGUGUUGCAAAAUGUAAUGUUGCUAAUAUAAUGAUGAUUUUGA